AUGUCUCGUCAUCACCCCGAUCUCGUGAUGUGCCGCAAGCAACCCGGCAUCUCUAUCGGCCGUCUGUGUGACAAAUGCGACGGAAAAUGCCCCGUGUGCGAUUCCUACGUACGCCCGACAACCCUAGUCCGCAUCUGCGACGAGUGCUCCUUCGGCAAUUACCAGAACAAGUGUGUCGUCUGUGGCGGUGAGGGCAUCAGUGAUGCUUUCUACUGCUUUGAAUGUACGCGCCUCGAGAAGGACCGUGAUGGAUGUCCCAAAAUCAUCAAUUUGGGAAGUUCGAGGACAGAUCUAUUCUAUCAAAAGAAAAGUUUCAGGAAUCAAUGA